CCAUUUUAUUAGCUUAUAAAGCUACCAGACAACAACUGUCCUCAGUCCCCUCGCCUCUCGUACGUAUCAUUCAUCUCUAUCUCUUCCAAGUGUUUAUUCAAACAAUGUAUUAUUGCACUUCGCUCUCAGUUUUACUAUUUGGCUUGUACUCUUCUGCCACUACCCUUUAACUAUAAACUCACCAUCACGUUUCUUUCUCUUCAUCUGCCAUCCCUUGUUUCUUCGUUUUUUUUCUUCUGUUUUCUCUGAUCAUUUGGCAACUGUAGGUUGAUUGAUCAUUUUGAAUCAACCCCAUUUGAUCUUUUUGAUAUCCAUAUAUAGUGCUGAAAUUGAGGUGAAAAGGUAUAGUUAGGCCUUUGACAUAAUCAUAGAAAAAAUUUUGAGAUAUGAUGCACAGGUGCAGUAGCUCACCAGGAAACAUGGUGGGUCAAUGUUCAUGUGGCCAGUUUCAUAGCCAAAGCAACUCAUUCUCGAUGCUGUUUUCCAUGCCAAACCACAAUUCUUACGAUGAAACAAACAUGUACCCUUUCACGUCCUCUUCAUCAUCUUCCGUCGACUGCACUCUCUCGUUGGGAACUCCAUCUACUCGUCUUUGUGAAGAUGACGACAAGCGUAUCCUCCAUGACAGCCGCUCUGGUAAUUCUUGCAUGUCUAACUUUUGCUGGGACUUGUUACAGAACAAGAACACACAUUAUUCACAGCAAACCCAAAAAGCCAGCCGCGGAAGCAAUGGAAAUAGCAGUAGCAGCUCAGGCAAUGAUCCUCUCCUAGCUCGCCGCUGUGCUAACUGUGACACAACUUCUACACCACUUUGGAGGAACGGACCACGAGGUCCAAAGUCACUUUGCAAUGCCUGUGGAAUUCGAUUCAAAAAAGAAGAAAGAAGAGCUGCAGCAGCAAACUCAAACAAGUCAGGUGCAACAGCUUCAAUGCUGGAGCAGCAAAAUCAUGGCUACCACGACAACAAUUCAUGGGUUCAUCACUCGCAGAACCAGAAAAUGCCAUGUUUCCCUCCUGUUAGUGAAUUCAGGUUCAUUGAAGACAGUGAUCGAGAUUCUGAUACUGGCAUUCCCUUCCUUUCUUGGAGACUCAACGUCACAGACAGGCCAACAAGCCUUGUCCACGACUUUACAAGAUGAGAAGAAAAUAAAAGAAAAAAGAAGAAAAAGGAAAGAAAACCCCUUUCCCCAUUCACAGUCAAGAUCAUGCAGCAAUGACUGAAAUGAAUCACAAUGAUGAUGUUGGUGGUGAUGGUUAAAUGGUCUCGUCAAUUUUCUUUUUGA